CGGAUCUUCCUGGGUUCCGGCUCCGGCUCCGGCUCCUUCCCCCGCCUACAGAGGCGGCGCUGUCCCUGACCGAGCGGCGGGAGCGAGGGUUCAGAGAUGGGCAGUGAGAAGGAGCAGAGUCCAGAGCCACACCUGCCUGAGGAAGGGGAAGGGGGUAAGUUUUGGAGAGUGGAUGACUCAGAGGGUUCUUGGAUCCCACCUGGGGAGAAGGUGCAUGGACAAGAGAGCCUAUUGGAUGAACUGCAAGAAACUCAUCCAAAAAAGCCAUGGCAGAAAGUCACUGUCCUGGCUCGAGAGCCAGGGGACACCCUUGUUCAUCCAAGGCAUGAGGCAGAUGAGAAGCCCUUUAUAUGUGCCCAGUGUGGCAAAACCUUCAAUAAUACCUCCAACCUGAGAACACACCAACGGAUCCACACCGGUGAGAAGCCUUACAAGUGUUCUGAAUGUGGCAAGAGCUUCUCAAGAAGCUCGAACCGCAUCCGUCACGAGCGGAUCCACCUGGAAGAGAAACACUACAAAUGCCCCAAGUGUCAGGAGAGCUUUCGGCGGCGCUCAGACCUCACCACGCACCAGCAAGAUCACCUAGGCAAACGGCCAUACCGCUGUGACAUCUGUGGCAAGAGCUUCAGCCAGAGUGCCACGCUAGCUGUGCAUCACCGGACCCACCUGGAGCCGGCGCCCUACAUCUGUUGUGAGUGUGGGAAGAGCUUCAGCAACAGCUCCAGCUUUGGUGUGCAUCACCGCACCCACACAGGUGAGAGACCUUAUGAGUGCGCUGAGUGUGGGCGGACCUUCAGCGAUAUCUCCAACUUUGGAGCACACCAGAGGACCCACAGAGGGGAGAAGCCCUACCGGUGCACUGUGUGUGGGAAACACUUCUCCCGGAGCUCGAAUCUCAUCCGUCACCAGAAAACUCACUUGGGUGAGCAGGCUGGGAAAGAUUCCAGCUGAAGGAAAGCCCCAUUUAGAGUGAGGGAGAGAGAGCAAGAGACCCCAACCUAGUGAAGGAAGAUCUUUAGCAUUUACUGCUGCUACCUUGACCUCAAGCCCUUCAUCCCACUUUGGAGAAUGGUUUUAUAUUGCUUCUGAAACCAGGAUCUCAGGAAAUCCUGAGAAGGGACUCUGGAGUAAAAACCCUUGCCUCUUUCUAAGUGGAUGAGGCAGUUUCUCUUAUUGGAAAGUCAGAGGACCCAAUCUUGGCCUCACUUCCUUGGGGUGAAAGAGAAAUAGGGCAGGCUCAGAACAUGCUCAAGUCAUUAAGGCAGCAGUCCCCUGGCCUUUGAGGAAGUACCUAUGAGAUGGGUGUCACUGUCUGAAAGUUCUCUAUAUUGUCGGUGAACUGCUUAGGUAUGAGUGCACUGCAGUGUCCUGCUAGUUCCCACCUGCUGUGCCCCAACUUUGCUUCUAGAUCUCUGGGCUGGGAGGUGUGGCCUUCUUGAUGGAAGGGGCCUCCUUGGUCUGGAGAAAAGAUCUGAGAUCCUGCCUUAGAAAUAAAAGGGAAACCCUCAGGGAGCCGUGACCCAGGGACCUUCACAAUCUCCCAUGUUUGUUACAUGUUAUCCCUCCCCUAACCUGCCUCUGUUUUCCCUAGAGUGAUUAGCAGUAAAACCCUUCAAUGAAAA